AUGACCGACACCGACGGCUGGCCACACGAGUUGGUCAUCUCCGGUGUCCAGAUUGUACUCUACGUACUAUCGUUAACCAACUGUAUGUUUCUCGGACUACUAGGCCUAACAUUUCUACUAGAAUUGGAUGCCCGUAGAUCACUGUCCGACAUCCCUGAGCCGAAGCUGCUGCCAGUAUCGGCCGGUCUAUCGGCCAGUAUAUUGUUGGCCAUUGAACUGAUAGCCUUGAAUGCACUGUACAAACAUCAGCUAUGGGUACUAUGGGUCUAUGCACUCGGAUCGGCAAUGGCAACCCCGGCCGUAUACAACCGAUACUCGGCCACUAGUGUUUUGGCCAGUGUUUACGCUUUUGUUUCGCUAGUAAAACUCGGCCUAACUUGUGGUCACUGUUGGCUAACUAGACGGCGACUGAGGCCACUACUGGCCUGGGAUAGACACUAUGGCGGUAGUGGUAGUGGUGGUGGUCGGGGAACAUAUGUGUUGACCACUGCCGUCGACUAA